AUGGGAAGAGCUCCUUGCUGUGACAAGAAUGGACUCAAGAAGGGUCCAUGGACACCAGAAGAAGACCUUAAACUCAUCAAGUACAUUCAGACUCAUGGACCAGGCAAUUGGAGAUCCCUACCUAAAAGUGCUGGUCUACAAAGGUGUGGCAAGAGUUGCCGCCUUCGAUGGACAAAUUACCUUAGACCUGAUAUUAAGAGAGGAAGAUUCUCCUUAGAAGAAGAAGAUACGAUUAUUCAGUUGCACAGUAUCAUGGGAAACAAAUGGUCAUCUAUAGCAGCUAGGUUGCCAGGAAGAACUGACAAUGAAAUAAAGAACUAUUGGAACACACACAUUAGGAAGAGGCUUCUUCGUAUGGGAAUUGAUCCAGUUACACAUGCCCCACGCCUUGACCUGCUAGACAUGUCAUCUAUUUUAAGGACAGUGUUGAAUCCCUCCCUUAACAUGCAAGGCUUCUUAGGAGGAGCUCAAGUUUUGAUCAACCAAGGCUUGUUAAACCUUGCUGCUACAGCCUCUCUUCUAGAGAAUCAAAAUUUGGCUUCACACAAUUAUGUACAAAACCAAGUUGCUCAACCACUAGACAUAACUCAGCUUCAAAGUUUGGAAGGAUUCUCUGGCACCGUGGAAAACUUUAGCUGCUCAAAUUCUCCUUCGGGUGAUGAGAACCUUGUUUUGCAACAAAACCAAGUUGAUUUGUUAGGUAACCAUGUUUUUGCGCAUUCCAUGAAAAAUGCAGAGCUGAAAAAGGGGUAUGACUCGGCUAUGCCUACGCCUGAGUCAAGUCCAAACCAGUUGAAUUCAUCAUCCAACUAUUUGAGAAGUGGCAGGGAGGAAGAGAAGAAUAGUUUUUGCAGUGACUUGUUCGAAUUUGAUAUUCCAGAGGGUUUAGACAUUGCUGAUAUUUUUUGUACUGUCCCAGAGUGUUAAUC